CGGCCCCUCACCCCCAGCAGCCGCUAUAACCGCCCGUGAGGUUUGAGUCCCUCUGAGGCGCUAGGACCCGACGCCGGCCGAACGGGCCGCGGGGUGGCGGGUUGGGCGCGCCCCGCCUGGGACUCGGAGCGGGGCGGGAUCUGGUCUGGAGCCGCCCCUGCCGAUUGCCGCGCCGCUGGGACAGCGGACAGGGCCCCGCCUCCGGGCGCUGGGGCAGGAGGAUGAAGGUAAUUAAACAUUCUGAGCAGGUCCUGAAGACAGCAUUGAUCUCCAAGAACACACAGCUUGUGAAGCUGUAUGAGAAUCUUGAGUCUAGGGAGAAGCGUUUGCUGAAUGAAGCGUUUCAGCCAGACAGUGUUCUCUUCAGACCCAUCACUCUUCAUUCGGAGUCAGACUGGAUCUCCUCACACCCUGAGCCCACCCAGGACUUUGAACAGUUUUAUAACGAUCCUUACAGAAGCAGACCGACAUCUCGGAAAAGUGCCAUUUAUGUACAGCCCAUUGGUUCUUUUGGGGACACCAAAGUUAGUACGGAGGAUUAUAUGAAAUGGUUGAAGGAUUACUGUGAAGCCUUUUACUAUGGCCUCUCUGUAAAAAUCCUGGAGCCGGUUCCUGUUUCACACACAGGUUGUGCUUUUCGAGUGAAUGAGUACACAUACAAUCUACAGAUUCAUGCAGGGGACCUCUUGAAAUACCUAAAGAAGAAAAAGCCAGAAGAUGCUUUCUGUAUUGUUGGGAUAACAAUGAUAGAUCUUUAUCCAAGGGAGUCCUGGAAUUUUGUCUUUGGCCAAGCCUCUUUGACAGAAGGAAUGGGGAUCUUCAGCUUUGCCAGGUAUGACAGUGACUUUUAUAGUGUGAGCUACAAAGGCAGACUGAAGAAUGUCAAGAAGCUUCCCUCAGCAGACUAUUCAGUUUUUGAUGGCUAUUAUACUCCUGCAAUCAACAGUAUGCUGCUUCUGAGGUCCUGCAAGACCCUGACCCAUGAGAUUGGGCACAUUUUUGGACUCCAUCACUGUCAGUGGCUGCAGUGUGUGAUGCAGGGUUCCAAUCACCUGGAGGAAUCAGACCGACGCCCAUUGGAUCUGUGUCCAAUUUGUCUGCACAAGUUGAAGUCUGCCAUUGGCUUUCGCAUUGUGGAGAGAUACCAGGCCUUACUGGGGUGGAUGGAUGAAGAUCGUAGUGGAAUGGAUGCUGAACUCAGAAAUGAAGCCAAGAUGGGCUUGCUGAAACCUGUGGAAGCAUUUAAGGAGUGUCAAAAGUGGGUAUUAAAAUGUCUUGAUGUCUUGCAGAAAUAAAGCUGUAGGAGGUAUGUAGUAUCAAAGGGGAAUCAUUCUUCUCUAUUUAAAGAGUUACUUUCAGACUGACUAAUUCUAAAACUGUUGUAACUUGAUAUGGAUCAUCCACUGCAUUGUAAGGAUCUUUAAAUAAAAAUCCAUCCCUUUGUCGCUGAACAUUUAACCUUUAUACCCUCCUUCCCCAGACAGUAGCUAUUUCUGCCAUGACCUUACAAUAUUUGGUCUCUGCUGCUCUCAUGUCAGAAAUCAAGGUACAUUUUAAUCUUAAAUGCAGCAAUAUACAAAAGAACAUUUAACAUCUUGUAAACAGGGCCUAACGUGUAGUUUUAAAAAUACAUAUUUUAAAUGUUUGCGGAGGAUUGUGGUGUUUAUUUUAUUUAGUUUUUUUUCUAGUAUUGGAAAAUUAGGAGCAUUGGACAAUGAGGAGUCACUGAAGCUGUAAAUGUGGAGUGGUUGUGCAAGUUGUCCAGGCACUGUCACUAAAUCAGGGAGAGGAUUCCAUCCCCAGUACCUGCAUAUAGUCCCUACGCAAAGGCCCCUAACCUGUAGUUGUCUCCUUGUAGGUGCAGGGGUCUGUUUAUGGAGUGUCAUUUGCAGGAUCAGGACCAAAGUGAGUUUUUACUUGGUCUUCUCCUAGAGAAUCAGGAAAUGGUGUCUGGGUACUUUUAAAUUAGGAACAGAAUGAAAAGAACCUGGUUAAAAGAGACAAAGCAGUAUAGAUUUAAUUGAUGUGUUGUGUGUGAUGGGUUUAAUUUCCCGUGGCAGGGUAUUGUUUUAAUUACAGUUACCAAGACCCAAUUAUGCUUUCAGUUUUCUUUAUAUAAUCCUGUUAGGACACUUCCUUAGUCUGUUGCUGCUAAAUUGCUUUCUUCCCAUCAUCACCCCAAAGCAAGGCUGCUGGGCCAGAUUUCACACUGUGUACAAUUUUCUGGAUUAUUUUUGCACUCUAUUUCACAAAGGUACGUUUGUGCUUCCUUCCCAAUCCCUAUGCAUUAUGAGUAAUUAGCUUUCUAUUUAAAUUUAUAAAUAAACCAAUGUUAUUCCAAUGGAAAAAUAUAUUCCAAAGGAACAUUUUAUGAUUUUAAAUUUAAAUCAGUUUACAAUGUGUUCUAAUAUUUAUUGCUAUUAUUAUUUCCAUCGUGCUGUGCUUGUGGAAAUGACACAUGAUAGUCUAAUAAAAGGAUACAAUCUGUACCCCAUAGAGCUUCCAUUCUGUGGUCCUGUAAUCUGAUCAAUGUGGGCAGAUUAUACUGAAUGGAGGGUAUGCUCUGCUCAGGAAGAGGGGUUCAUCUGUGCAAAUCGGAUUGCAGGAUUGGGGCCUAAUCCUGCAAGCACUUCAGCACAGGAGUAAUUUGGUUUACAUGAGUACUCCCAUUGUCAUUAAUCUUAUUUCUUGGGUGAAUAAAGUUUACUCACAUACUUAAGUGUUUGCAGAACAAGGUCCAGGUCUCUCCAGGCCCCUUGGCACCUUUAUUUGUGUUAUCAGUGGAUUUUUGUUUCCACCAGUUUUGAAAUAAUCAAUCCACACAGGAUGUCCAUUACAUCUCUGCUUUUGUUAUAUUUUUAAAGUUUGGCAUAUAUUUGAUGAUAAUCACUAGGGAUAAAACUAUGGAAAAGGCCAAAAGACUUCAGUGGGGCCAAGAUUUCACCCUAAAUCUUAAAUGGAUAAAUAUUUAUUUUUAAAAUGACAAUGUUUUAAAAAAUUAAAUGUUAAUUUGUUUGUAUUUAAAUACUGUGAUAAUUCACAGGCACCGGAAUUUCUCCC